AUGGCGACUCCUCGGCUUCCGUUCCUUUGUCCGAAUUUGAUGCGCGCUGCUCGGUCGUAUGAGUCGACCACGUAUCGCUCUCUUCGCUUGACCGCCGCGCCCCGAAGCGGCUUUCACACGACUCGACGACGGUACCAAGAAACCUAUCAGCGGCGAUAUGGACCAGCUGUUGAACCCAAUAUCCCACCUCCGUCGCGGCCAAAGGACCAUUCCUCAGCAGAGCCCGUAGAGGGGACAUUGAUUGGGAAAGAGCAAAGCGAAAACACCGAGCGGGAUACUUCCGUGGAGGAAGACUUACCCCGAUUGCCACAGUCACCAGAGGAAGUGCAGGCCGAUGGUGCCGAAGCAGAUGCAUCUCCAGCGGUGGAACAGGCCACUAUUGACUCGAUCACGACUGAUAGCGCAUCCGCAGAACCGGACGAAAGUGAGGGGCAUCCUGUGGAGAUCGAUACUACGGACAACUUCAACUCAUCAUCUACGUCUUCUUCUGCAGACGUGGAGGAGGAAAUGUCGCAGAUGCCACCAUAUGCAAACCGCAGCGCCUUCGAAGAAGUCUACCACAUGCCUUCUCCAUCAACCGGCUUGACCGCUACUGAACCAUUUACUUCGAAUAGGCCGCCACAUCUAAGCCCGGCGCCCUACGUACACCAUUUCGACACAUAUUCCCUCGUUCUUGAUCUUUCAAAAGGUGGAUAUACCAACGAACAAUCCGUUACGAUCAUGAAGGCCGUUCGGAACAUUCUUCAAAACAACAUCGACUUCGCCAAGCAAAGCUUAACUUCAAAAUCCGAUGUCGAAAAUGAAGAGUAUCUGUUCAAGGCGGCAUGCUCGGAGCUCCAACAGUCGCUACAGACUGCCCGCAACUCAGAAGUUCAAAGGCAACGCGCUUCUCGGACGCAGCUGGAGCAUGAGACGGAUAUUCUUUCUCAGCGUCUUACCCAGGAACUUUCCGGUAUGAAGGAUGACAUCAAGGGGAUGUUUAAUGAUCAUAAGAUGUCCACGCGAGAACAGCAGCGGAGCAUUGAUACCAUGGUCCAAGAAUUGAACUACAAAAUCACUGUGUCUCUCAACAGUGAUGGAAAGAGUGAGAUUGAGGGCCUGCGGUGGGUUUUGACCCGGCGUGCCGCUUUGACCGUUGCCACCUGUGCCUUCAUGAUCAUUGUCUUCAUCAAGUACGCUUCUACACGCAAGACUCCUGAGCCCAAGCAGGUAAAAGAGGUAGACCAGCCUGUUGUCAAGGAAACAGUCAAGGAAACUCGGGUUGUUCACGAUGUGGGAGCUCAGACCGACACGCCUUCUAUUCCCGAAUCACACCUUGGGGAAUCUCUUGGUUAA